UUCGUAUUGAUGUCUAGUUUUGCUUCAACUAACCUAACAUCAACAUCGUAAUCGUAAUAAUUACAAGUUUUUAUAUAUAUAAUAAUAAUUCUCACGCAGACACUUAAAAUGAAUUUAGGCGGUCGAAUCAAACACCAGGCUCAGAGACAGGUGCAUGGCAAACCGAAACGAAGUACACAGCCACAACACACACGUCACAAUGAGCGGAUCACUGUGGAAAUGCAGCAAAAUCAUCGUGAAAACUCUGUGGAAGACGAUGUCGAAAAGUCGCGCAGAGCUGUGGAACGUAAAUUGAUGUAUCUAUCGGAAGCAAAUCAUAUGGCCGGUCCGUCGCGCAAUGUACGUGCACGUACCUCACGUGGUGGUGCCGGUGAACCGCUAGCAACUGCUGGUGGUGGCGCCCAGAACAGAGAAGCGAGUCGCAAGGUUCCAGGUGCUAAUGCUGCAGCUGAAUACGCCCAUAAAGGAAAGCAAGCGGUAAAGAAGUGCUGGCAAACCGCAUAUCCUCCACAGAAUGCCACGGAGAAGCCAUCUCGAGUAACUGGUGGACACAAUGUACUUAAAAUAGAAUCACCAAGACGUAAUGGCCUCACUCCACGUGACCCUUUAGAGGAUCUUGAUCUGACACCAUCUGAAUUGAAUAUAUCUCGACGUAUGCAUGAUAUUAUCCGGGAAGCCGAAUACGAAGAAAUGUGUUUGAUGUCAAAAGGUGGAAAUACCUAUGGUCUCCAUCGUUUAAAUAGCAAGCCCCUGAGUUCAUAUGUGCAUGGCCAAGUCAAAGAGCAAGAACCAGCUCCGAUUCCUCAGCCACUGUACAACUGCAAUCUGUGUGCUGCCAAAUUCAACAUUAGAAGCCUUCUUGCGGCCCAUCGUCGUACUCAUGAUGACGAUUUCAAAAUACGCUUUGCGAAAAAACGUUCAAAGGAUAGCACCACGACCCUGACCUGUAGCAAUCAAUGCAAAUUUUGUGAUCGCAAAUUCGAGCUAGAACGGACUUUGCACAUUCACCAAAUGUGUCACUGCAAAAAGAUUUCGCCCCAGCACAGGCGCAAGUUGCAAUUCACUGAAUUGGCCCACGAGAAGAAGGCCCCGUUGCCCAGUUUUGAACGCAAUGCUGCAACACCAAAUGGAGAUUCUGGUGCCGCUGGUGAUCCUGGUGCAAUCAAUGAUGACGCUUUUGGCGCUCCACAUCCAGAUGUAUCGAAGCGUCAAUUAACACACUUCACCCGUAAUCCCAUUCCACGCUCGAUACUUUCGGGCACGGAACGUAAGCGAUAGACACACACACACACACACACACACAUUCUGCAUUUUGCCUUUGUUUUUGCUUCAAUGUAAAUCGAAAAGUAACCAUAAUGGAAUGUGUGAGGUAUUUCAUUUUCGUUUUAAGCAAUAGUAAAUCAAAUUUUAAGUACA